UGGGGUCAUGGGCUGUAUCAGGUCCAAGACUAAGAGUGCCAAUGCCAUAGACAGGAUGGAUGCGGAAGGACGCCGCGACAAGAAGGAGAAGUCCAACGAGAGCUUGAUCAUCACCGUGCUCUGGAGGCGCCUGUCCCUGUUCAGUCGCCGGAGCUCCGCGGGCAAGCAGUCGGUGAUCGCCAAGGCCAACACGGACUAUCGCCCCGGCGAGCCCGCGCACCAGGAAAAUCCCACGGACAUCUAGGGCCUAUGACCCCGGCCCUGCCCCGCCCCGCCCCGCCCCCCGAGAAGAGAAUAAAAGUAGCGACCCGGAGCCCACAGAUGAUGCCUGCCUCGCUUUCGGGGGGGUGGGGGGCGGGCCAGGGCGCGGCGCCUCAGUUUCCCUUUGGCG